AAAGUUUGAGUUACAUACAAUAAAUAUUUUUCGAGAAAAACCGAAUUUUCGUUUUUGCCUAUAAAAUCGCCGAUUUGGGGGCAUUUUUCACCUUUCCUAAAAAAUCGUAAAAUUCUCUUUAAAUAUAGGCGGAAUUUAAAAAAGCGAUUCAGAUACUUAGAAAGGAGUGGCUAAGGUAUAAAUCGAGUGGUUUCUUUACUUUUUCCGGCAAGAAAAAAUAUUUUUUAUUGCUGUCUAAACAUGUCAACAAAAAAGGUCGACUUAAAUUUUAGUCUAAAUUAGGGGCUUAUAUAUCCGAUGGUACGUGGAUUUUCGCAGAAAUUUUGCACGUUGAGCAAAGAUUGAUGUUAUUUCUUUCGAUUCAGCAAAUAAAAAAUUGGGGGAAUCAAAUUCCCGAAUUAUAAUGAAGCCGAACGCAACCCCAUGUCGAGCUCAAAUAACACGCAAUUUUCUUGACAGCCGUCUUUAUUAGGUACACAUACCUGUUUGUACAGGAGACAAAUAACGGAAAAUAAACUCUACCCUUGCAGUAUAAUAAUCUCAGAUGCUGUAUAAUAGUCUUGGUUCAUCCUUGGAAGUUACUGAAAGUCAAUAAAGACAUUACAAUGAAAAAUAUUUGCUAUAUUGUACAGACUUCAGUUCAGAACGCCUGCCGGGAUGGCAAACUUUGAGGGAUUUGUUUGGGUUUUAAAGUUUCUUUACGCUCCAUCGAAGUAAAAGAUAUUCAAGCACGUCAGUUCUUACCUUCUGCCAAGAGGUUUCUGGGGAAAAGGCCGAUUUGUAAGAUUAAUUUUAAUGCAAAGGUCAAGUACUUGAACACGAGGUUUCAAAUGACAACAACUGAUCAGCGGUCUGCCAGAUUAGAAUUCGUGAAUUUCCACAGGAAAUCCGAUAUAAAGAUUAGUUCAACUGGUCGGCUUGCAGUUUUUAUUCUAGAUUGUUCAUUCUAUAAUAAUACAUAUUAAUGAUGCCAAAAUUACUUUAAAGAUUUAUAGGGGAUAUGUAUAUGCGUAUACAAUACUUGACAUUAUCAUGUCACUCACAGCAGGGCGUCGCCCGAAAGUAGGAGAUAUCUCUUCUCAGCUGGCUCGCCUAUGUUGUGAAAGCGUAAUUCUAGAUAGGAAACACCAAUCCAGGAAUAAAAAACAAUUACCACAAUCAAUCACGCUUGGUUGACAUAAGCUGGAAGAAUUGUCACACUCCCUCAAAGCGGCAUCCUGUUACAGUAACACCUACGUUAGCCACAAAAGGCUUUAGGGCAACACAAAGAGAUCCCAUGAAGCUGCUUAUUAUAAAAUCAGGCAAGCUUAGAAUUGUAAAUCAGAUGAUGCUUGAUAUUUUUCUUGAUCAUGACUACCUGUGAUUACGCUGUUUGCGUGGGUGGUCCUUGUGGCCCUAGUGUCGAUUGCUCGAGCAAUUCAAAGUGCGUUCUUCUGAAAGACUGUAACAAGGAUAUUCAUGGACACAAGAAGCUGCUUAACAUAUCAGACAAGUCUCUUCAAACUGAGUUUGAACUUCUUCUUGCUAGAGCUGGCCUAUUCGAGAAUGGAGUUUUAUAUGACAGCUUGACGAUUUGCCCUCGUCACCGAGACCUCCACGGGAUACGGUUCCGCCUCAACAAAACGUAUUGCGUUGUGCCUGCAACAUGGGCCGAUCACAGGAGCGCCAAUCCUUUGGGUGAUAAGGGGAUUACAUUUCUCCAGUCAAAGGCACUGCAAGCGAAAGUCCACCAGCUUAUCCCAGUUGGUUCGCCGAUUUGUAGGAGAUGCCGAGAUCGCCUUAAACAAGAUGCACCACCAUCUAGAUCCUUCUCCACAACUACCGCUGUCCCCAUACGCAGCUCCGAACAAGGCUCAGAACUCCUGGAGGAAGUCACAUGUAAUCAAUCGUCUGCAAACAUCUCAGAAGAUGAAGAGAUACAAGAAACAAGCGAUGAGUCUAUAGUGGAAAAGUUCAACGAGCUUAGCCUUGCUGGAGGAGACGCGAGCUUCUUUCCGUCGGACACCACUAGCACCGCCUCGUCCGAUGAGGUAAAGCUCUCGACCUUGACAGUCAGGCGCGGUAAGCUGAACGACUUUCUACAUGCAUGCGGAAAAGAGGAGAACAUCGGCCCCGUCAAGAAAUCAUGGGAAUCGAUGGCGAUAAAAGCCCACCGGAGGCACGCUUCUCGUGCUUCAAAUGCUAUCGUUUCAGUACUGGAGGUUAUGGUACCAGAUGACCCGGCAGGCUUAUGGCAAGAGGUACAGACCUCUAAAAAAGUAGAAAAAGCCUUGGGCCUUUCUUCUUCUUUCGCAGAUGCCUUGUACCUCAGAGCGCUAGCCGAGACUUACGAGAAUGCGACGACUUGGGCAACGAAAUGGCAAGCUCUGGCAGUCAUGGUAGAUCUGGUGUCCUUGAAGGAACUACGCCACUAUCUUCCAAAUCUAUCUGAAUACCGCUACAAGGCCGCCAAGAUCCAUCUCCUGAGAUUUGGUAGAGGAGCACCAGUGCCGGUAGACAGAAGGCCACGGAUGCGAAUAGACGAGGAGCGGCUGGAUUUUUUGCUAUCCUUCAUCACCAGUCCCCAUAUCAUCCAGGACUUGCCAUUUGGGCAAAAAUAUAUCCGGCUAUCAAACGGUGAUCUUCUCGAGACACCCAACGUCAUAAGAUCCAUGAUUCCCGCCAGGAUUCACAUGCAGUAUACACAGUACUGCAAGGAGAACGCUCAGAGAUCUCUGAGCGAGACAACAGUCAGACGCAUCCUCAAAGUUUGUUCAGCCACAGUCCGAAAAUCUCUCCAAGGUCUUGACUACAUCUCAGCGGAGGAUGGCAAAUCGUUUGACGACCUAAUUGAGGUGGUGCGCAAGUUAGAGGGAGUUGGAGGAUGCGACCACUCGUGGGUAUCCACGUGUGAGGGGGGACUCAAACAGGGAAAGCAAUACCUCAAAUCAGAUUACAAGGUGCACGUUGCUGACGCUUGUAAUGUGGCAGACCACUGCACAGCAUACGCACUUAGUGACCCGAAGGAGCCCAUGUACGCCACCCCACCCUGUGAACAUCAACACGACGUCUUCUGCUCCUCGUGUUCUGAGCUGGAUGUUACGCUGACGGCGAUCGAGGCCGCCUUGAAAGCCUCGUCAGGCAAGGUGCCUGCGGAGCAACACGACGAACUACUGUUCACAUACCGAACGUGCAUCGCCGCUAUCCAUGCGUGGAAAUCUCACCAACUGCGCUCUAUCCAACAGGACAAGCCCCGUCUUUCUAUAAUGAGUGGCAUCACCGAAUCUGAAGUUCUUAUCUUCCAGGACUGGGCCAUGAAAUAUCUCCCUCAAAAGUACCGAGAAACUCAAGCUGACUGGUUCGGUAAGAGAGGGAUUUCAUGGCAUAUCAGUGUUGUGAUUAGACGGUCCUCCACAGGUAUAGCGGAACACCAGAUAUUUGUUCAUAUCGUUGAAAACUGUAGCCAAGACGCCAUGACUGUCAUCAGCAUCAUGGAGCACACCCUACGUGAGAUUAAGGCUAGCACUCCUGGCGUCUCUACUGCCUUUUACAGGCAGGAUAACGCCGGAUGUUACCACAACGCGGCCAUGAUUACAGCAUGUCGAUUCAUGGAGUCACGUACGGGAAUAAAGGUCGAGAGAGUAGAUUUUAGCGACCCACAGGGUGGCAAAGGCCCAUGUGAUCGAAAAGCUGCCACCAUUAAGGCCCACGUCCGGCGUUAUAUUGCUGAAGGCCAUGAUGUCACCACCGCAGCUGACCUGCGUCAUGCGAUUCUCUCACACAAUGGCGUCCCGGGUGUGCGCGUCGCAUUGGUAGAUGCGAGUAGUCUGAGGCCUCUGAGCAGCGAAGCCAAGAUUGAUGGCAUCACUAAACUAAACAACUUCAGUCUUAGUGACAAGGGCCUAACGAUGUGGAGGGCCUAUGACAUCGGUAUAGGGAGAACAGUUCCCUGGCAAAGAUUACAAGUUCCAGCGACCGUAGAGUUGGUGAGCUUUGAAAGUGCUUUCAGUCCGGGUGGUUUCAUCGCCAUCAAAUCACGCCGCAUCAAGCCCGUUGAGCUGUCUGUGGCAAGUGGCUUGUCGAGCGUUCAAACAGAUUGUCAAUCUGAUGAGGCUGAUGACGACGAUGAAUCCGAGGAAGAGAUAGAGGAAGAAUCCCCUAAGCUGUUCUGCUGCCCAGUUGAGGGUUGCAUAAAGGCGUACCACCGUCACAGUUCUUUGGAGGACCACAUCCAGUUCGGGAAGUGUCGUAUCGUUGAAGAACGGUACACACUAUUCGAUCGGGCGGCAAUAGCUUACCGCGAGAAGCUUUUGCAGGGAGAUGAGCUGCAACCAACCCUAGAACCGGUCCUGCAAGAAAAGGCGUCGAAUGACUUGUGUCUUGGAUGGGCUCUGAAAACAGCUAGAAAGGCAACCCGCUUUAGCGAAAAGCAGAAGGCCUUCCUAGACGAGGUAUUUCAGAAGGGGAUUGAUACCGGUCACAAGCUUGACCCUGCAACUGCUGCCCUAGAGAUGCGCUACGCCAAGGACCUGACUGGGAAACGUCGCUUUCAAGUUGAUGAAUUCUUGUCAGACAGUCAGGUCCAGUCGUACUUUUCAAGGAUGGCCUCCAAGCGAAGAAAGGCACUUGAUUCGACUCAGUCCGAGGGCGACAGCAGAGAUGAAGACGCCAAAGCCGCAGAUGAACAGGCAAGCUACGCCUCGGCGCGCGCCCUCAUCCUAGAGGAGUGUCAACUCCAACAUCCUAUCGAAUAUGAGUCUAUCAAUUUAUGCCAACUUUACGAAAAAGGCAAACUGAGCACCCUAAACUUGGUUUUAUUAAGACAAGUUUCAGACUUCCUCGAUUUGGAUAUUGACCCCAAGCUCCGUAGGAAGGCUCCCAUUAUUGAUAAAAUUUCUGCAGUAAUCAAGCAGUGCUCAUGCGCACACAACUAAUAUGCAAAUAAACGUAAAUACGUAUACAAUUUUUACCCUUACGCCUAAGUUCUUCACCAAACCAUCAGAUGUUUUUGAAAAUAGCCAAACAAAACAUGAUAUCGACUUUUUAUCAAAUAUGAUGUUCUAAUAAAGAAAGACUAAGACCCAA